GUAUUUUGUAAACACGGCACAGUCGUGGCAGUUUAACACUAGAACGCCCAAAGAACUGGCCAGUCUAGUAAUAGCUAAAAAUGUUCUCGAAUAAGUUGAUAUUCAUUUUACAAGUUUUACAUGUCUGUUGCGGCAACUGGGCCUCCGAGUGGAUGCCGCAAGUGCAAGAUGAAUUUGGAUCAGUUAAAGAUAUUAACGCUCGAUUGAAUUACGACGCGGACCUGAAACAGUACGAAGAUCAAGAGCUACAAAUUCCCAACCAAGAGCUCCCAAAAACGCUGACAAAAGCCAAUGAGAGCCACAAAGCCCCCGAGGUGGAUUACGUGUCUACGCCCACGCUUCAGGCGAAGUUGGAGGCCGCGCUUAAACUCGCGAAGGAACUCGCCGCGAAGCUUCGAGAGAAAAUAGCUUUGUUGAGUGAACGGGAAGCUACGCUGAAGGAUACUAUUGCUAAAGGAAGGUCAGGCGUAUCGGUGGUGACAGUCCAUACGUUAUCACGUGCGUCGCGUUCAUAUCUCGUCCGCGACGGCGCCUGGGCGAGCUGCCAGGGGUUGCUGCAGCUCUCGUACGGGACCGCGGGCCCGACGUGCGUCGGUGUUGAGAGCCCGACGAAGCCGGACCCGUGCGUGUUCAACUCGGUCACCAAGUACGAGACGAUUCCGACACGACGGCGGUCGGAGUACGUGGAGGACGACUUUCUUUGCCUGAAGAGUAGCUUUAACUCGACGCUGGAUCGGUACCUGAGCGUGCCUAGAACGGUCAUCAACGAUACUUGCAAAAACGGUGUAGUGCGAAGCCUGGAAGACAACGUUGUAGAAUGCGGAGUCCGGGUACUCUCCGAGUACGUGUACUACCCCGGCGCCGCGGCGCGUGUACCCCGCGAGUACUGCGACCCCGACCCCCCCGGCGCCUGCCACCUGCUCGCUGCCUGGCAUCUUUCCAACACCACAAUUGAAAACUUCGAGUUCUUAAAAGAUGAUCCCGCGUUUAAAGCCUAUUUUAUUAAUAAUCAAUGAAUUUGAAUAAAUUUUGUAUUGCCAGAA